GAUAAGGCUGGAGGAGAGCCGGACCCAUAUAUCAGUCAACGCGCACACUCUGGGCCCCCUUUAUCUCCACAAGGCAGGGAGGCGUAUCCUUUCCCCCCUCUCUCUCCCACUCCCCUUCACAUAUCACUCUCUCUCUCUCUCUCACACACAUGCACUAACUAGACUACAACCUGCUUCAGACGACGCCCCACCGCCCCUAAGAUUUCCACUGAGGGCACAGCCAGGUCCGUCGUGCGUCUUUUUCGCUCGAGAGGAAGCCAUUGGGCUCUUAUUAUUGUCGGACUGCGCGUUCAGGCUGCCCACGGCAUCACCUUGGCAAUAACAGGAGGGGUGCCAACCAGAAGAAGACGAAGAAGAGGAGGCGGAGGAGGAGGAGGAGAGGAAGGGGUGGUAGAGUACUCCGAAUUGACGCUCAGAAAUAAACAAGAAGAGCCCCUGUUUGGAAGACGUCCGUGGCGGGAAGGCAUCUGCAUCUGAGAUGGCUGAGGUGUCACAAGAGGAGAAACUCCAGGCCAUCGCUGAGAAGAGGAAGAGGCAGACAGAGAUAGAAAACAAAAGGAGACAGCUGGAUGAUGACCGACGGCAACUCCAGCAUCUCAAGUCGAAGGCACUGAGGGAGCGCUGGUUGUUAGAUGGAGCUCCGGCGGAGGAGGAGACUCAGAAGCGUCUGCAUGAAGACGAGGUGAAGACUAAACUCCUGGAGCAGGUCAUCCUCAGGCUGGAGCAAGAGAUUGAGGAACUGGAGACAGACCCUCCAGCCAAUAAGGGUGUGGCCAAAGAAAAUGGAGGUGAGAAUGGAGUAGUGCAGAGCUCUGGUCAGACCCCCAAGAGGGAGGUGACAGGGAUUGAGGCCACGCUGCUGGGGCCCAGUCCUGACCAAGCUAGUGCAGAGAACCCUGUCACCCUGGUGUUCAUGGGAUACAAAACCAUGGAGGAGGAGCAGGAGAACCGCGCGGCCAUGGAAGGGGUGGAUGGCAACGUCAAGGCCGAGUUUGUGGUGAUCGAGGAUGGGGAGGGGAAAGCUGGAGGAGAGGCGGCCUCAGAUGAGCAGGCUCCACCCAAUGGGAGCAUGGCGGAGAAAGAGAAGGCCAACGGAGGCGGAGAGGAUGGAGAGGAAGGAAAGGAGAAGAAACAGACCUGCAAGUGCUGCACGGUCAUGUGAGCUGUGUGAGUGUGUGCGUGCGUGUAUGGGUGUGUGUGUGUGUGUGUGUGUGUGUGUGUGUGUGUGUGUGUGUGUGUGUGUGUGUGUGUGUGUGUGUGUGUGUGUGUGUGUGUGUGUGUGUGUGUGUGCGUGCGCAUGUGUGUGUGUGCGUGUAUGGGUGCAAGUACACACCUGCACCUGUGGCGUUUGUGCCAUUGCAUGUGUCUGUGUUUGCGGAUUGGUGUAACUUUGUGUCUGUCUUGGAGUGUGUGUGUGUGUGUGUGUGUGUGUGUAUGUGUGUAUGUGUGUGUGUGUGUGUGUGUUAACUUGGGACUGGAAGAAAAAAACAAAUAACCGAAGUACACAGCCAACUUACCAACAAUGAGAGCCAGUACAAGCUCCAGCUACAACAACAAGAACCACAAAGACUCAUAAGUACACUUUACUCUGUAUACUUUCUCCAAUAUGUAUUUGACUUUUGAUUUCUAUUGAUAUUUUUCUAUUUUUCUGUCUUGACAUUUAUAUUGUAUUCGGUAUGUAUAUCUUUAUUAUGGGACUGUGUACUGUAAGUUCAUUGUUAUUAUUGUUGGAAAAAAAGACAAAUGUAUUCGCUCUCUGGAUUGUACUGCUACCCGCUGAGGGAAAUCUGGAAUCUCAUCUAAAUCAAAACAGCAAACUAUGAAGGACACAGAUACUUAAAUAUAUACAGUAUAUAUUUCUCUGUGUAGGCCUACCAACUAUUUAUCAGUCAAUUUCAUAUUGCAAUAUUGUCUAAGAUAUUAUUUUAAAUAGUAUUUUAAUAUAUUGAUAUGAAAUGAUGUUUUAUACAAUGUAUUUAUUGUUUUUGGUUCUCUAUAUCAUCUCAGACCAUUAACUGCAUGUAAGCUUGUAAGCACUACCAGAUUUGCGUUACAAUCAUAACACGUGUCUGUGCUUUAUAGACUCAAAUGUGCUCAUAUCUUUAGUCUUUUUUCUAUCAGUAACAGUUGAUAUAAUUGGCAGUGUGCUUUUAAAAAGAACUCUACAGCACGGAGACAAACGGCUGAAUAGAACAGUGACCUUAUUGCAAACUGCAUUAGCUUCUCAUAUAUACUAUAUGUGACACAUGUACAUGAAGAUCACAGCUUUUGUAUUUUUUGAAUAAGAUGGAUACCUUAUGAUCUAAAGUCAUGCUGAACCAUUUGCGCAACAACUAGCUUAAAUGCUUUUGUUCUCUCAAUAGUAGAAUCAAUGUAAAUCUAAUGAGGUAGCACUGCAUGAAGCCUUGCAACUGUUUUGACUGUCUUGUCACUUGUAAGGUCUUAAUUAUACACUUCCACGUUCACUUGAAUGUAAAUCCAGGGGUUAAAUUGGGAUUCUACCAUAAUGAGCUCACCGUAAAAAAAAGAAGCUUUUUGUCUCUUUAUGAACCAAAUAAAAUUCUGAUGAUACUGUAAAUUCCCUGUGUGUUGGUCGGCUGCUGGUUUCUGUCCUGCUCGCUCCCAGUUUAACCCCUGUCUGCACACCCGGGUACUUGAAUACAUUUGAAGACAAAGAUUGGAGCGAUUAUAAUUCACUUUUCUCAAUCUAAAGACUUUACUUUAUGCCAAGGGACCCAGAGCUAUUAAGUAAAUGUUUUAUAAGGAAUAGGCCAUAUUGAUUCGGGGGGGGGGGGGGGGGACAGACAAUCUAACCAUUUUAAACAGUGCAGGAUGCCUAAUGGUCCAUUUACACUAUAACAAUUGAAAGCCCUGGAAGCCUAUUGAAAUAGAUUUUGGCUCUAGUCUACUCAUUUCUUUGGAAGACAGAGGCCAUUGAUGUCCCGGGUCAGGAAUGCUACACCACCGAUCCUUCUGCUUCCCCUCAGGCUCAUCCACGUUUGAUUCACCCACACACCAUUUCCAUUAUCACCAUCCUUCAUCGUCAAACACACGCAACCCUACCUUCUAUGCUCGGAGACACAGCAAUUCAAAAAUCUCUGAAAUUGGUGCUAAUCCUGAGUCUUGUCUAACACUCCAUCCACCAACUACACUUCAACUCUUUCCUUACCGUCUUACUCACGCCACGGGUGAGGGGGAUUGUGGGAAUCUACUGCCUCCUGCAUACACUUGUUGAGUCUUUCGCAACCUUCAGUGCCAGAUGCAUUCUCUCAUGUCCUGCCUGCAUUUACCACCAGAGAAAUUAUCCCUUCUAACAUUCCAAAGGAAGGUCAACAGGCAUGGAUGACGAAAUAUAGUCUAUGCUUUCCAUAUGUACAGUUCCAAUGUAAUUGUACAACUUGCAAUUUCUUUCUGAUAUUGACUCAUGUUUUUCUUUUCCUAUGGCCUCUGCAAGGCGGCAUAUUGUAUUAUGAUGUGUGUAUUUUUAAAAGAAGAUAUAACUACAUCUGUGUAUUGUUUGUGCCUUUGUCAGGUUCAGUUGCUUGGACUUGUCUGUCUGUCGCCAUUUUUAGACCGGGGUUUUUCUUGCUCUGCUCCUGGUCAUAUGAUGCCCAAUGGAAAAACUGCCUUCUACUCUAGAGGGGUAAUAAAACUUAGAAUAUUAUUAUUGUUUUUCACAUGGUAACUAUAAAUAAAUGCACCUCAAGCAUAAGAUGCAGACUACUGUCGGUGUCUUGAAAAAAUGUGUGUAGCCUGUAUUACAUUUUCAAAAUUGCUGAUUUUCCUUUAACUGACUGAUUUUUUUGUACAGCCCAAAUACUAGAAACGUGACAAUUUACAUCCAAAUGUUAUCAUGUUCCGGGGAUAAAUCUUUAUACAGGAGACUAACUGACUGAUGUAUGUAUGUACAUUAUGUAGCCGUAUCUAUAUGCAUACAUGCAUCUUUAUACAUAGAUGUACAUUUGUUGAGCUAAAGCUUUGCUUAAUUGUGGGUUUCUGGGACAGCAGCAGAAAAAGCAACCUUGUGUUAGACCAAUGCCUGUUCAUCUAUUCUGUGGUCGUCUAAAUGUUUAAUCUUGAAUAAAACAACUGUUUGUUUACAGCAA